AUGCUCGCUGCCUCCGUCUUCUGCCCCGCUCUGCUGCUCUGGGGGCUCGCGGCCCCCCGGCCAGCCCGACCGGAGAUGCUCUUCCACAGCCGGGACCACUCGGACCUGGAGCCGUCCCCCCUGCACCGGGCCAAGCCCAUCACAGACCUCCACGCCGCUCAGCGGUUCUUGUCCAGGUAUGGCUGGUCGGUGCCUUCGGCCUGGGGUCCCAUCCCCAAGUGGCUGCCGGAGGGCCGCGCGGGUGCUGCCCUGGCCGAGGCCGUGCGCAGGUUCCAGCAGGUGAAUGCACUGCCAGCCAGCGGGGAGCUGGACGCAGCCACGCUGGCGGCCAUGAACAGGCCUCGCUGUGGCGUCCCGGACACUCGGCUGCCGCCCCCCGCUGCCCCCACGACACCGCCCUCCUGGGCCUCACCAAGCCCGCUGGGCCUGCAGCCCAGGGCCCGGCCAAAGCGCUUCUUGCCAAUGCUGCUGCCGAGGCCGGGCAGGCAGCAGGAAGACUCCCCCGACGGUGGGGCCGCCAGGGCCUUCUCCAAAAAGACGCUGACCUGGAGGCUGGUGGGAGGGGCCUACAGCAGCCAGCUGUCCGUGGAUGAGCAGACAGCCAUUUUCAGACUGGCUUUCAGGAUGUGGAGCGAGGUGACGCCCCUGGACUUCCGGGAGGACCGCACGGGCCCUGCGGCCACAGUCGACAUCAAGCUGGGCUUUGGGAGAGGCCGGCACCUGGGCUGCCCGCGGGUUUUCGACGGCAGCGGACAGGAGUUCGCACACGCCUGGCGCCUGGGCGACAUCCACUUUGAUGAUGACGAACACUUCACACCGCCCACCAGCGACAGGGGCAUCAGCCUGCUCAAGGUGGCCGUCCAUGAAAUUGGCCACGUCCUGGGCUUGCCGCACACCUACAGGCCGGGCUCCAUCAUGCAGCCCAACUACACUCCCCAGGAGCCCGCGUUCGAGUUGGACUGGUCAGACAGGAAGGCGAUCCAGAAGCUGUAUGGUUCCUGCAAGGGGUCAUUCGAUGCCGCCUUCGACUGGAUUCACAAAGAGAGAAACCAGUUCGGGGAGGUGCGGCUGAGGUUCAGCACGUACUUCUUCCGCAAGAGCCGGUACUGGCUCUACGAAAACCGCAACAACAGGACGCGCUACGGGGACCCCACCCGGAUCCCGGCUGGCUGGCGCGGAAUCCCAGCCCAGGGCAUCGACGCCUUCGUCCACGUCUGGACGUGGAGGAGAGACGAGCGCUACUUUUUUAAAGGGCACCACUACUGGAGCUACGACAGUGGCCAGGAUCAGGCCCUCGCAGAAGACCAGCAAGGAAAAAGCUACCCCAAGCUGAUAUCGCAAGGAUUCCCCGGCAUCCCAAGUCCCCUGGACACGGCCUUCUACGACCGCCGGCAGCAGCUCAUUUUCUUCUUCAAGGGGUCCCUGGUUUUUGCAUUCGAUGUCAACAGGAGUCAAGUGCUGAGCUCCUACCCCGUGACGCUGACUAAGGCCUUCCCGGCAGUGGCACCGCACAGCCACCCCGUCAGGAGCAUAGACGCGGCCUACUACUCCUACGCGCACAGCUCUCUCUUCUUGUUCAAGGGCAGCGCCUACUGGAAGGUCGUCAGCGCCAAGGACAAGCAGCAGAACCCCCAGCUGCCGGCCAACGGCUUACUGCCCGAGCAGCCCAUCUCCGAGACGUGGUUUGACAUCUGUGACGUGCACAGCUCCACGCUGAACAUGUGA